UUUUUUUCUCCAGGAGAAGAAUCCACCUUUUCGGCUGCAGUUUUGUGGUCAUAUACAACGUUCUGUUAUCAUUUAUACGUACAAUUUCACAACCAAGGGGCCAUUGACAUCAUAUAUAAGUCAGUGUCCUAGCGAUUUGUCGAAGUCUGUUGUUAUAAGUCAUCAGAUGUCCCUGUUUCUUCAGAAAAUAUGUGCACCCCGGGCCCCCCUCCCUCUUCAGCUUGUAAACAGUAACUUCUUGAUUUUCAACAAGGAGGUUGAAAUUUAAAGACAACGCUAGUAUCAGGUUGGCUUUCAGAAGAUGGCAGGUACCCUGAACCCCCCCACGGCUCGGAGCAGCCCGCAGCGCUCGUCACGUGUUAGCCUGCCUAGACAGCUACAGCAGCAGCUGAACCUACAGAGGAAUUCUCGCAUGUUCUGCGACAUAACGCUGCAGGUGCAAGGAGCAAGGUUCCCCGUCCACAAGUGCGUCCUAGCAGCCUUCUCCCCCCACUUCUCCCUCUUACUCUCUAACAGUGACAGAACGGUGGUCGAACUGAACACUCUCACAGAAGUAGGCGUGAGAGCGGUAAUCGACUUCAUGUACACGUCAGACUUCGUUCUUACGCAGGACAACAUCGUGGCGAUAUCUGCGGCAGCGUGGUACCUACAGAUCACCGAACUGAGCCAAGACUGUCAAAUGUACCUUAUGAAGAACCUACACGGAGGAGGGGUUGGUAGUGCUAGUCAGGAGAGACAGCGUUGUUCAGAUACUUCUGUACAACAAGUGGCAAUGAAUAGUGCAAACAACAUAAGGUGUGACAACACGAGCAGAGCACAAGCUUUACAGGCCAAUAUGCAGGCAUCACAGCCUUCACAGCAAGAAUCAAAUGUUUGUACGCCUACAGAGAAUGAACCACAGCAGUUCUCUGAAGAAUGGUUUGACGAAGAAAUUCACAAGUCUCAGAGUCAUGGUGUACAGGAAAAUAAAGACAGACCUAGUACCAGUAGUUGUAGUAGUGUGCAGCAACUUGAACAGGUGUUCAAGCCAAUGCAAGAAACUCACAGUUCUAUAUCUCAAAGUCAUGGUGUUCUGGAAAAUAAACACAAACCUAGUACGAGUAGUUGUGGCCAGCAACUCGAAGAGGUGUUAAGUAAACCAAUGCAAGAACCUCACAGCUCUAUAUCUCAAAGUCACGGUGUUCUGGAAAAUAGACACAGACCUAGUACUAGUAGUUGUGCCCAGCAACUUGAAAAGGUGUUUAAACCAAUGCAAGAACAGCCAAUGGGGACAGAGGAAAAUGAUGUAAUCACAAUCAAGGAUGAGGAUGAUGAAAGUAUGAGCCCGUUUACAACAGAGGAGAGUGCUUACAGCUUUGACUAUGGUGCCAGCAAUACUACCGGUACUCUUGCACUACCAGAAUACGGGAUUCCUUUCUCAACUCCUUUAGAACACAGAGUAACAAGUGAGGGGGUUGUUGUAACUGCUCAAGCUAAUCAGGAUGUCUUUCAGAAAAACCUCCCAUCUCAUAGCGCUGUAGGGGUGAGUCAAGAUCAUGCCGCGAGACCAUUUGAGUGCGGCCAGUGCAAGUUCAGGUUCAAGAUGCUGUGUCACCUGAAGACUCACGUGAGAAUCCACACGGGGGAGAAGCCUUACCACUGCGUGGUGUGUCCAUCACGGUUCACCCGCAAGGAUCACCUGACGCUGCACCUGCGUACGCACACCGGUGAGAGACCCUAUCAGUGUCCGCUGUGCCCGAACAGCUUCGCACAGAAAUCUUCCUUAAACAUGCACGUGGCAAGGAGACACAAGGACACUUCAUAGACCUACAAGUGUUCAUAGUAUUCUGUAGAUUGACCAAGGACACUUCAUAGACCUACAAGUGUUCAUAGUAUUCUGUAGAUUGACCAAGGACACUUCAUAGACCUACAAGUGUUCAUAGUAUUCUGUAGAUUAACCAAGGACGCAUCCUAGACCUACAAGUGUUAAGUCUGUAGAUUUCAACCAAGGACACUUCAUAAACCUACUACAAGUGUCCAUAGUUUUCUGUAGAUUGACCAAGGACACAUCCUAGACCUACAAGUGUUCAUAGUAUUCUGUAGAUUAACCAAUGACUGUAGAUUAACCAAUGACACAUCCUAGACCUACAAGUGAUAAUUCUGUAGAUUUACCAAGGACACUUCAUAAACCUACUACAAGUGUUCUUAGUAUUCUGUAGGUUAACCAAGGACACAUCUUAGAUCUACAAGUGUUCAUAGUAUUCUGUAGAUUGACCAAGGACAUAUCCUAGACCUACAAGUGUUCAUAGUAUUCUGUAGAUCAACCAAGGACACGCUUAGGAAGAGGCAUGUAAACAAUAGUUAUAGUGAUAGCAUAGCUCCAGAUAUUUUGCCUAUCCAAUUGUUCAUUUGUAACACUACUUGUAAAAGUAUCUACUAGCAGUCUUUAGUAUUUCAUGUAAUACUAUCAAAUCACUGCAUUUAGCCCAUGAGGGCAAGAACAUGCAAAUAAAGAUCAUCGCAUUAUUGCA